AUGGCAGCUGAAGGAGCUGUUGGCGAUUGUUCUUUGGUGCAGCCACCGCAAUGGGGAACGGUGAGGGAACGAGUCCUUAAGGAUGGCACUCUACAGACCGUGUACUCGUGUGAACCUGGUCGUAGACUGAAGGGUCAUAAAGUACUCACUUGCACCACCAACGGUUGGAAUCAUCCAGUCCCCAAAUGUAUACCUCUAGACAACAGAUUCCGACACAUUCGCAACGAGCUUUAUCUCGGCGAUGAUCCAAUUUCAACGACACCGUCCGAGCAGAAGGCGGCGAGGGACAGGAUGAGGGCGCGAAAGAGGAUCGGCGAGCUGAAGAAGCGUAGAAAAGCGAAGGAGAGGAGGAAGCAGCGGGCGAAGAAAGUCGGCGGAAAGACGAUGGCCGAACCGUCGUCGUUGGGGUCGCAACGAGCCGCGCUCAAUGAAACAAUAAUGUCGAGGCUGGAUGUGAGCUGCUUUAUGAAACCGCGCAGAAAAGGAUUUGCGAAAGCCCCUUUGGUUGAAAACGCGCAUCCGCCGAAGUACGCCAGGCGGACGAACGUAUUGCCGCCGUACAAUCGGUACCUCGUUGCGGUUUACGAGUGUACCGAGGGACACAUUUUCGAGGACUCGAUGGCUGAUCGACUUUUCUGCAGCGACGGCACUUGGUUAGGCGCACUUCCGCGUUGCAUCAAGCCCGGAGAUGUGGAACUCACUAAAAUGAAACGUUGUAACCAGAAUCGUGGUGGUUGUGAACAAAUCUGCGAGGACAUCGAAACAGGGGUGAAGUGCUCUUGCGUCGAUGGAUACCGUUUAAUAGACUCUUCUUGCACAGACAUAGAUGAAUGUACUGAAGGUUUGGCUGGCUGCGCGGGAAUUUGUCACAACGAGCCUGGCUCCUUUCGUUGCGAGUGCCGACCUGGAUAUCAACUCGGAACCGAUAAAAAAUCGUGCCAUGACGUUAACGAGUGCCUGGUGAACAACGGUCACGGGCCGUGCCAAGGCACAUGUACGAACCUUGAAGGCAGCUACGAGUGCAGCUGCGGGGAUAUUCCCGGUCACAGAUUGGCCGCGGACAAUCAUACCUGCGAAGACAUCGACGAGUGCAUCACCGACAACGGUGGAUGCUCUCACGUUUGCUUGAACACGCCUGGCAGUGCCUUCUGUCUUUGCCCGGAUGGCUUUUAUCUGACCGGGGACUGGAAAACCUGCCAAGACGUGAACGAGUGCGAGAAUGCCUCCAAGAUUUGUGGAAACAAUACCGAUUGCGAAAACACGAUCGGUUCGUUCAAAUGCGUGGGCAAGCCUAAGAAAAUGACUAAGGUCCUUCAGGACGAGGAUUACGACGCGGAGGACGAUGACGACGAGGAGGAUUACGAUGACGAAGAAGAGACUGUCACAGAAAUUCCAGAGUUCGGUAAAUGCGAGGACGGGUUCAGGAAGAAUAAAAACGACGAGUGUGUCGACAUAGACGAAUGCGUGGACGGGGAUGAGGGCGAGCCUCACGGCUGUCACCACAAAUGCGUGAACGAGCCCGGUGGUUAUUACUGCGUUUGCCACCCGGGCUUCGAGCUUCGCAAUGACGGCGUGUCCUGCGAGGAUACGGACGAGUGCCAAAGAAGCCCAACACCCUGUUCCCACAUUUGUACCAACGCGAUAGGUUCCUUCACCUGCACCUGUCCUCUAGGAUACUCGUUGAAGGAUGACAACGUCACUUGUGUCCAAGCAAAAACUUGCGAAACCCUGACGAUUCCUUGCUCCCACGAGUGUCAGGACUCUGAGGACGGCCCUAUUUGCAUUUGUCCAACCGGAUAUCAAGUCCACGAGGACGGCACAAGUUGCGUGGACAUCGACGAGUGCACUCUGGACCUCUGUUCUCAUUCCUGUACAAAUCUGGAAGGCAGCUUCUCGUGCAUCUGCCCUGACGGCUUAGAAAUCUUGGAAAUCGACAAGUUCAAUUGUACCGACGUAGACGAGUGUGCCAAAGAUAUUCACAGCUGUGAUCACAAGUGCCUUAAUAUCCACGGUAGCUACUCCUGUGACUGCCAUUCAGGAUUCGCGUUGAACUCUGACGGAAAGACGUGCGCGGAUGUGAACGAGUGCUUGAACGGUGACCACAAAUGUGAACAAGAUUGCGUUAAUACUCCCGGAAACUACGAAUGCUUGUGCUACGACGGAUACAAGCCUUCCUCCGAUGGUUUCAGUUGCGAAGACAUUAACGAAUGCGUCGAGGAUAAACACGGAUGCUCCCAUGAGUGUACGAACGAAGCUGGCGGGUUCACUUGCGGUUGCCCUGCAGGUUUUCUACUGGAAAACGACAGGAAGACGUGUCAGGACAUAAACGAGUGUCUAGAAGGGACGCAUGAAUGCUCUCACGAGUGUGUGAACGUUCAAGGCUCCUACGAGUGCGCGUGUCCUUUUGGUAUGACUGUAGCUGAUGACAAAAGACUAUGUAUCCCAGUUGACGUAUGCAGCUUCGCUAAUUGCUCCCAUAUCUGUGAAAGGGAUGGAGAUACAUUUAAAUGCACUUGUCCUGUCGGUUUCAUCUUGCGGGACGAUGGAACGUCUUGUAAAGACUUUGACGAGUGCCUCGAAGACGAGCACGAUUGCUCCCACGACUGCGUAAACACGCCUGGAAGCUAUAAAUGCGUUUGUCCGGAAGGUUUGAACCUCCUGAAGGAUGGAUUCACUUGCGAGGAUCUCGCGUGUACCGAAGGACUACGUCAGGAUGGGAAUGGCCAUUGCGAGGAUAUCGACGAGUGCCUAGAAGAGGAACACGAGUGUUCUCACGUUUGUAUCAAUGAUUAUGGUUCCUAUCGGUGCUCGUGUCCUCAAGGAUUAUCGUUAUCCGACGACGGCGUCACGUGUAUCGUCACCGAGUCCUGCAGAAACGCGCCCUGCUCUCACUCCUGCGUGCCUGAUGGCAGGAAUUAUAAAUGCGGCUGCCCGGAAGGCUUCAGACUCAAUAAAAAUGGGACAACCUGCGAGGACAUCGACGAAUGCCUAGAAAAGUCCAACAAUUGCAGUCUCCACUGUAUAAAUAACGAAGGAUCUUAUAUUUGCGAGUGCCCGAAAGGGUUUAGGCUUGCUGAAGAUAAUAAAAGUUGUAUAGAUAUCGACGAAUGUGCAGAUGGGACUAACGACUGUUCGCAAGGCUGUAGGAACCUCAAUGGAACGUACAAAUGUUUGUGUCCAGAUGGUUACGCCUUUGCCGAAGAUAAACGCGCUUGUGAGGACAUCGACGAGUGCCAAACGUCACACAAUUGCUCCCACGAAUGCGUGAACACUCCCGGCUGGUAUGAUUGCACCUGUCCGCCGGGUUGGGAAUUGCAAGGAGACUCGCGGACAUGUCGAACGUCUCUGGAUCGGAAUUGCUCGCAUACCUACGAACAAGACGGAAACGAGACUCGUUGCGGUUGUCCCGAAGGAUUCCAGCUGGGGGAGGAUGAGAGCACUUGCGGCGACGUGGACGAGUGCAUCGAGAAGGAGAUCCACUCGUGCAGCCACGGUUGCGUGAACACCAAAGGGUCUUAUCGCUGCGAGUGUCCCACAGGUUUUCAGCUACGGGAAGAUUCGAAGACCUGCCAAGACAUCGACGAAUGUAUCCAUGGUAACGAUUGUUCUCACGAUUGUAAGAACACCGAGGGCAGCUUUGAAUGUUCCUGUCCGAAGGGAUACGAGUUAACUGGAGAUCGGAGAACUUGCCGGGAUAUAGACGAAUGCGCAGUAGGCCUUCACGAAUGCUCGCAUCGUUGCGAUAAUUUCAACGGUUUCCACGUUUGCUCCUGCCCGGAGGACUUAAUCCUUAGCCGGGACAAUAAAACAUGCAUGGAGCCUUGCGGAGGUUCACACAACUGCAGUCAUGCCUGUGUGAACGUCGCUGGUGGCUACGUAUGCAAUUGUCCCGCGGGGUGGAAAUUAGCCGCAGACGGAAUCACGUGUGAGGAGAUUGAACUCUGCACCGGUUGCUCCCACGAGUGCGUCAACAGCUCGGAUGGUCAUCAUUGCAGUUGUCCACCCGGUUACGUCUUAGCCAAUGAUAAUAGGAAUUGCUUGGACAAGAACGAGUGCGAGGAAUUAACCAACGGUUGUUCCCAUUCCUGCGUGAAUACCGAAGGCAGCUACGAAUGCAGCUGUCCGAAAGGAUACCAGCUAGCAGGGGACAAAAGGACCUGUGAGGACGUGAACGAGUGCAUGGAGAACAACGGCGGCUGUUCACAUCUCUGCGCAAAUAUCGACGGUAGCGUCGAGUGUGCUUGUCCUGAUAAUUACAAGCUUCUCGAGGAUGAUGGAAAGACCUGCGUCGAGAUCGACGAUUGCUUAAUCGACAACGGCGGAUGCUCGCAUCUGUGUCAUUACCAAAAUGGUACCGUCUCCUGCUUUUGCCCGCCAGGGAUGAUCCUAGAAGACGACGAUGCCACUUGUACCGAGGAAAACAAGUGUUACACCAACAACGGCGGUUGUUCUCAUUUUUGCAGUUAUGCGGAUGGAAAAGUGAUCUGUUCCUGUCCACCAGAAAUGGUACUGUCGAAAAAUGGCACAACUUGCAUCGAGACGAAUCCCUGUUUCCUAGACAACGGGGGUUGUUCUCAUGAUUGCCAUUAUAAGAAUGGAGAAGCCUCGUGCCACUGUCCAAGUGGUAUGAUCCUCUCAGACGACAGACAAUGCGUCUACGAGAACAAGUGUUUCGUUAACAACGGCGGCUGUUCGGACAUCUGUUCCUUCUCUAACGGGACCAUUGUUUGCGAAUGUCCAUCAGGAUUUAAGCUGAAGGACAACGCUACUUGUAUCGACGUCGACGAGUGUGUAGAAUUACUAGACGACUGUACGCACAAGUGCAUUAACACAGUGGGUGGAUAUGAGUGUAGCUGUAAUGAAGGUUUCACGGUGAAUCACGAUGAGCCAUCUUAUUGCGAUGAUGUAGACGAAUGCGAAAAUGCGAACGGAGGUUGUUCGCACACGUGUUUGAAUAUGGUAGGAUCCUUCCGCUGCAGCUGCCCGUCAGGAUACGUUUUGGUGAACGACAACAGGACUUGUAACCUGAUAGACGGUUGCAAGCAGAACAACGGCAACUGCUCCCAUCGUUGCCAUCACGAGGAGGGCGUCGAGAAAACCUAUUGUUCCUGUCCCCUGGGCUUCAGCCUGAAAAAGGACCAAAGGACCUGCGAGGACAUCGACGAGUGCAAAGAGUUUGAGAACGACGUUGAACUUGGUUGUUCUCAUAUCUGCGUGAACACCGAAGGAGGCUACUACUGCGAAUGUCCCUCGGGAUACAUUCUGAUGCCUGAGGACAAGAAGAACUGCAUCGACGUGAACGAAUGUCUAAACAGUCAGCACAAUUGCAGCCACGAUUGCCUCAACCUCCUAGGAAGCUACGUGUGCACUUGCUACGAAGGUCACUACCUGCAUUCGGACAAAUCCACUUGUUUGGACAUCGACGAGUGUCGAGAAAACAAUGGAGAUUGUUCGCAUCAUUGUACCAACACGAUUGGUGGUCAUUUCUGUUCUUGUCCUCCUGGUUACGAGCUUUCAGAAGACGAGAAAACUUGUAUCGACGUCGACGAAUGUAAAAAAGGCAUUGCUGACUGUUUCCACGAAUGCCUAAACACACCUGGCUCGUGGAAAUGUAGUUGCCCCCCGGGGCACGUUCUGGGGAACGAUUCCAGGAGUUGCGUGGACGUAGACGAGUGCGAGACAAGCAACGGCGGUUGUUCUCACGCGUGUUUCAACAUCGCCGGUGGCGUCAGAUGCAGCUGUCCCGUGGGACUGCGUUUGGACGAUACCGGGAAAACGUGUAACGACGUCGACGAGUGUUCAGUAGAGAACGGUGGCUGCUCGGACGUCUGCGUAAAUGUAGAAGGCAGCUUCUCUUGCCGAUGUUUCCCUGGUUUUCACUUGGCUGCUGACUCCAAGACUUGUUUGGACAUCGACGAAUGCGAGACAGAGAACGGAGGCUGUUCCGAUAGCUGCGUAAACACGGAGGGUACCUUCCGUUGCGAGUGUUCCACAGGUUUUCGAUUGGACGAUGAUCGAGUGACUUGCGUCGAUAUUAACGAGUGUGAAAAUAACAACGGCGGAUGCUCGCACGAAUGUAUCAACGAACACGGCUCGUAUCGAUGCUCCUGUUCCCUGGGAUACGAGCUGAGGAAUAAAUCUUGUCACCUCGUCGAUCCUUGCUCUUACCAGAACGGAGGUUGCGAGCAUAUUUGUAACGCAAGAAACGGCUCCGUUGUGUGCGCGUGUAACCACGGCUUCCGAUACGACGAGAACGAUCGCUCGAGGUGCAGGGAUAUUGACGAAUGCUCCGGCGAGCACGGAUGCGAUCAACUAUGCGCAAAUACUGUUGGAUCCUACGAAUGCACAUGCAGGCAUGGAUAUGAGAUGCGGAAUUCCACUUGUGUCGAUAUCGACGAGUGCGCCGGGAAGCCCUGCGAGGGGAACAAGUGCAUCAACACCGAGGGUAGCUACCGGUGCGAGUGCGAGGCUGGCUAUCGAUUCGACGGGGACAGCAGUUGUGUGGAUAUAAAUGAAUGCGAAAGGAACAACGGCAGAUGCGAGCAGGAUUGCAUUAAUACCGCCGGAUCCUACAUAUGUGCCUGCCGGUCUGGCUAUAUUUCGAGUCAAAGGAACAGAACCCAUUGCCAAGAUAUAAACGAGUGCUUGAACCGUAACGGAGGCUGCAACGGUGAAUGCGUUAACACACCCGGAAGUUACUACUGUACGUGCGCCGGCGAGCUGGCGUUGGCUUCCGACGAGCGAACUUGCGUUCCACCGGAACCGAGGUGCCACGCUAUGGAACUACCACCGCACGCUGAAAUAAGAUGCCCGGGUCAUUCUUCCGGGGCAGUGGAUUAUCCCGCCGGAGCGAGAUGUCAUAUACGAUGCCGAAGGGGUUUCAAGCUGGAGGGACCGCACACGAGGUACUGCAUGGCCGGAGAUCGAUGGAGCGGGAAGGAACCGAGUUGUAUCCCAGAAUCGAUCGUGACCGAUCCCCGUUACCACUCAGACAUGCCACGACCGUUCGUGAGGUGUCCCAGAGACAUGGACGUCGAGCUGCCCGCCAGGCAAAACACGAUACGAGUUUCCUUCCCCCAGCCUAAGUCCAACAUGAACUGGUGGAGAUACGUCGACGCGACACCGUCGUGGGCGAAACAACUGCACGCGGACCUGCCCGCAGGUACGACGGUCGUCACCUUCACAGCAUGGUCACCCGUUUCGAAUUAUACCAGCACGUGCAGGAUAGUGAUACGCGUACGAGACACGGAGAACCCGAAAGUUUCAACGUGCCCGACGUCCUUUGAAGUGCGGCUAAGCCCUGGCGAGCGAAAUCGCUUAAUAUUCUGGCAGGAGCCAACGUUCACCGACAAUGUCGCCGUCGAACGGGUCUACAAAACGAGGGAACCUGGACAACUGAUGUACCCCGGGAUCCACAACGUGCGCUACAUCGCUUCCGACGCGGCCGGAAAUCGAGCCGAGUGCCAUUUCUCAAUACACGUGCGAGAAUCGGAGCAUCGACGAGAUUCCGAGCCGCAGUACUACAGAAGAAGGAUGCUGAUGUGUCCCGGGAGGCCGCCGCAGCCGAUACCAUCGACAACGUACGGGUGGCAGAUACCGAGCGGAUGCUACCUGAGGUACACGAGGAUCUUCUCCGGAACGUACGCGGUUCAGAACUAUCACGGGCAGAACGGUUAUCAGGAACAGUCGAGGGCGGCUUAUCACGAAGUUCAUCCAAUUCACGGGGGCCAAGGUCGAGCCCAACUGCCCGUUUCUUACCCCCUGGGAGACUAUCGUCACUCGAGGCAGUAUCAAUUCCAGCAGCUGCGGAAUCACCAGCUACGAGAUUCCACGAGGAUAGGGAAUACUCGUUACGUCAGUAGAGGACGAGUCGAGACGAGGAUUCUACCACGACGUGGCAAAUGCUGCGCGUAA